UCAAGGAGUGCUCACGAAGUUUUCGUUUUUUGUGGAAUUCAAUCUAAAGAUUUUUUUCGAGACAUGGCCACCGUUGUUAAUGUCAACACUACCAACAACUCCGCCCCCGCCCCCUACAUCCCCUACGUCCAAUGCAUCCCCACCGCUCCUGUUGCUCCAGCAGCUCCUGCAGCUCCUGCUCUUCAACCCAUCCCCUCUGUUGGUCCAAAAUCCUGCUCUGUGAUUUGUCCCAACUGCCGCCAACAAGUGAGAACCCGUGUGUCAUCGCAAUCCACCAACAAGACGCACAUAAUAGCUCUCAUCUUGUGCUUGGCUAUGCUUUGUCCCUGUGCUGUCUGCAUGUAUUGCACCCCAUGCACCCGAAACGUCAACCAUUAUUGCCCAGCCUGCAAGGCUUUAGUUAACACCUACGAGCGUUAAGCCACUUUUGCCGGAAAUCCUUG